CUGAUGAAGAUGCGGCUUGUUUGGUAUGCAGGGGCUUCAACGGCCCUCGCGGCCGCCGUGGUCGCGUCCGCAUUUUACCAGCGCGCCAACUUCUACUCUGCCAUGGUGCAUCUCGCCCAGAGCAGCCUGUCCCUAAUGGUUCUGGUAAAUCUAGUCUUUGUCGUCUACGGCUCAUUCAUGUACGGCCUGCAACGUCUCUGCUUCGGCCCCCUCCGUCCUUCCGAAAUCGAGCAGCUGUACGAGAAGGCAUGGUUUGCCGUCACCGAGACGUGUCUGGCUAUGACCAUAUUCCGCGAGGAGGUUGGCGCCUUCUUUCUGGUCAUGUUCACCGCCCUUGUCACCGGCAAGGUCUGGGGAUGGAUUGGUGAGGGCCGCGUCGAAGUGCUCGAGCAGCAACCCCCUCCGAAUCCACGCCUGUUUCACGCCCGUCUUGGCAUUUCGCUCUUCGUCAGCGUCGCCUACGAUAUCUGGCUGCUGAGCUACGCCGUGAACACGGUUGUGCAGCAGGCACGUCCCACCAUGAUGGUCAUGUUCCUGUUCGAGUUCGCCGUCUUGACCGUGUGCUCACUCCACACCAGCUCUCGAUACAUCAUUUCGGUGGUGGAGCAGCACGUGGUGAAGACACAGACGCGUCAGCGCUUGGAGGAUAGACGGCGCCGUAUCAGGGAGCAGCGGGCUGACAUUCUGCGGCGGCGGGAAAUCGGGGGCGCCGCGGAGAACGAAGAACUGCCGGACGAAAACGACAUCGACGAGAUGGACAUUGAGGUGCCAGGCUGGGAAUCAAAGGGCCAGUGGGUUUUAUCCUUGGACCUUCUUGCGGACUUCGUCAAGCUCGGUUUAUACACAGCGUUCUUCUGUGUCCUCAUGACCUUCUAUGGCCUCCCCAUUCACAUAAUGCGCGAUUGGUUCAUGACCACAAGAUCCUUCUUAAAGCGACUGCAUGCCUUGGUCCGCUACCGGCAGGCCCUCAAACACAUGGAUCAAUACCCGGAUGCGACGGCCGAGGAGCUUGGCAGAGAGGACACCUGCAUCAUCUGCAGGGAGGAAAUGCGUCCAUGGGACGCUGCCGACCCCACCCAAGUCGAACGUGUCCGUGCAAAGAAGCUUCCUUGCGGCCAUAUUCUGCACUUUGGGUGUCUCAAAAGCUGGCUAGAACGCCAGCAAGUGUGUCCCACCUGUCGGCGCCCCGUUGCCAGGGAUGGACAGCAACCACCCGCCAACGGUGGAGCUGUUGUAUUCAGGUUGGGACUCAACUUCCCUGCUGCGCAGAAUCAGGCCCCCCAGCCGCCGGAUAACGGCCAGGCCGCUGGCGGCCAGCCUGCGCAAGCAAGGGCGGCGGAUGAGCAAGGAAACAACCAGAACCGCGCCAUCCGAAUGUUCAAUCUUGGACCUCUUAGACUCGGCUUUGCUCAGGGUAGAGUGGGUGACAUUCAGGAUAUCGCUCAACAGCUGCGGAUACCGGCAGAUGUUGCAAAUCCGCCUGCCCCGACCCCUGCAGCACCUCCUACGCAGGACAUCACGGGCAGCCUUACUCCUGCACUUGAUCAGAUUCGUGGGCAGCUCCUGGCUCUCGGGCAGCAGGUUCGACAGGAGAUGGCCAAUGUACACAACGCCGCAUACGAGCUGCAGUUGUUAACGUCAUUAACUAAUGAACUUGUCCGCCUGCGCCAGUUCCAGCAGCAGCCGCAGGACCAGCAGCCGGCAUCACAGCAACCCGCGCCCGGUGCAGUUAACGGUGGGCUCCACGAGCCCUUACCACAUCAGCAACCUAUUCCGCCAUACCCCUUCAUGCACCCACCCCCUCCGAGCCAUUUUCCAAUCCCGCCCUCAUUACAUCCAUCUCACCCUUCUAGACCCACCCCUACGCUCACCAGACAUGUUGGUGCUGGAUAUGGAGCUGCCAUUCCAGCUGGCAGCCCCGAGCUACCAGAAGGUGUGGUUAUCCCCCCUGGGUGGACGCUGCUGCCGCUCCAACGGUGGGCGCCGGGUACGCAGACAGACACAGUACAGCACAACGCACAGGCGCCCGCGAUGGGCCAACCAGAAAUAUUCCAAACCUUGAUUGCCCAGGCUCAAAAUAAUGCUCGAUCCAGAGGUACCAGCCCGGCGCCUGGCACUAGUACCUCUAGGCAAGUCGAAGGAUUUUCAGUAACAAACUUGCCCACCGGGCGUGAUGCCUCGGUUCCGGACGCGGCUGCCCACAGGCAACAAGGGAUAGCACCGCCUGUGACAGCCCCCAUUCCUGUCGCGCCAACUCGGGGAGGACCGGGCCAGCUCUUUGGCGAUGGAGGCCGCGGCACAGACACUAUCUUUGGGUACCAGCUCGAACCUACGGCUGACCGGCAGGACGAACCAGCAGAAGGUACUAAUGUCUGGUCGACAGCAGGGCCGUCGACAAUGAACGGCGUUGCCACGGAUAGAAGCAGUGGUGGGCAGGCAGAAGCUAGUUCACGUGCCGGGACCAGCAACAGGGGAGGACCUAGAGCUGCCACUGUAGAGGAGGCAGCGGAUGAUGAUGAUGAUGGGCAGUAACUAAUCAGAUCUCGGUCGAUGCCUUUUUGUUUUUGUAUUGUAAAAUUGGCGUCUUUGAGGAGUUCGGGUGGCACGUUAGUAGAGCCGUAUGAACAAUCCAGGGAGCGAGUCAUAGAAUAUCGGACAUGAUGCGGAACAAAGCCAUCCCGGUAUUUCACUCAUCUGGAAACCGACAGUGCAUGCUUUUGGGUGCAACAAGGUGUCGACUUGAAACCAUUCGUCAAAGGCAGCUUGGAUGUAUGUAUGUGCUGUAGGUGCUGUGACUGGGAUUGGGACUCCACUGCUAGUUCUGUCGCUGUAUUUCCGUAGCUCGAGG